AUGUGUAUCACUGCCAUUGCAGAGCAGAGGAGAGGAGGGGGAAAGAGGAAAGGAGAGGAGAGGAAGGGAGGAGUGGAGAGGAGAGGAUAUGAGAGGAAGGAAAGGAGAGGAAAGGAAAGGAAAGAAGAGGAGAGGGCUGAGUCUCCUUGUGUCAUCAUGGUCAAUUGGCCUGUCAAACACUCAUGCAGAGUUUGCCACUGGUACUAUCUCUUCAUAAGUAAGGUUAUAUCAACAUUAUGGGAAUUCCGAAUUCUUCUAUGUUAUCCUCCAGAGUCAAACAUUGUAUUUGCAUCUCAAAUUAUCUAUAUAAUAUAGUGGAUGCAACACAGUCAGAUUGGCUCUUCUAGAGUAUGAUUAAUUGCCAAAUGCCAAUCUAUUUCUUCAUGACAAAAGACCAUUCUUAGGCCAGCAGGUUGUUGUUGUGCCAUGACUAGCAUUUAAAUCCCAUGAGGUACAUAUUAACCAGUUAACAUUUCACAUCUUUAACACAUUUCUUGAAUAAAUUCAGUCCUCAAUUAACAGUGGCAUCCGGCCCUUCCCCAUUGCUCAUUCAACCGAAUUAAAGUGUGUUCAUUAUUCUUGUUUGGGUAUUAUUUACACAACACUGUAACAAAUUGCUGUAAAUUUACAGCAAAAAAAAUACAAUUAGCUACUGGCUACUGUGCGGCCAGUCAUUUACUGUAAAAAGUACAGUGUAUAUUCUCAACUGCUUAUAGAUAGUGAUGUCUUAAUGUAGACUAUUCCUAUGUACUACCACACUGUCCACUCUAUUUCUAGUAAGACUUUCACUUUGUGUAAACAUUUUAAUUGAUUGCAUGACUUAAAAUAUAUUUGAAUGAGAACGAGCAAUGUUGUUUUUCUGUUCUGUUGGAUCUUGAGUGUUGAUCCAGCUGCUAUCAUUGAAAGAUGUGAGCAAGUGUGUGUGUUUAAUAAUUUCAGCAUAUGCCUCAGUGCAAUAUGAAAUCAUAUAAAAUACAACACUACUAUAUGGAGUGCAUUGGAUCCUUUUGUCUUCUGUAUGUGUGGGUGUUCAAUUAACCCAAACAGCCCAGUGCUAAGGCUCACUCUAAGCUCUGAUCUGAGGACAGAUAAGCACAGGACAGAUCAAUAUGGCUGUUAAGGUUAAAUUAUGCAAUGUUGCAUGUUGUACUUUCACUGUGUGUACAGUCGAUGAUAUUGACACUCCCUCAAGUGAUAAACCCAUGUUUAGUAGAACAAUACUGUAAUUUCAGGGCACAUUUUGAUGGAGAUUCUGGGAACUAGAAAAUAAGGCAUAGAGACACAUUAUGUAUUUGUCACAAGGUGGAAGGUGACAGGUUCUAGGUCUGGGUUGAGCAGGCAGAGUGAAGCAGAGGCAGACAUCGAAGGGACCGUUUUUAACAUUCAUUAAGGCAUGGUUUUCCAUAUUUAAAAGGAGUACGUCUUCAUACUUGAUAGUGCAUAAAAGCACUGCAAAACACAUGUGCCAUAAUUUAUUUCACACAGUUAGAAAAAGGUGAUGUGUCACAAAACCCCCCGCAUAUACUCAAAUAUACAAACAGGUCCCAUUGCGAAUACAGUGCUCCAAUACCUGCUUGCAGCUCUCCCACAUGGUGUCCUGCAGCAGCCAGGGCCAUUUUGUAUUUUGCCAUCCCCUGCCUCCUCUUCACCUGGUCGACCUGUGGUAGCCCCACUCCUCCACUGGGCCGGCAUCCUGACUGCCAGGCAAUGAUAGGUGUGACAUCCAGCAGCUGCCCAGCCGUCACCUCAGCUACGCCGCUCACCCACUUUGUGGACUACUCAAUCCAGCUGUUGGCAGCCCCCACAGCAGUGUUGACCUGUCCCCUUGGCUUGCACGUCCCCUUCAGCCUCAACAGGCCACACAUCUCCAGCCAUGUCCUUAGAGCUGCUCAGCCUUCGCCCAUAGGGCACCUUAGCACACCCCAGGCCAGUUAGGUCACACAGUCUCUCAGAACAGCAGGGGAUGGCUUCCUCUUCUGCCCCAGCUAUCGUCAAAACCACCCAUGGGAGAGACUGCAGAACUUUGGAGAACACAGAACAGUAAAAGCAAACCAAAACUGGCCCUGUUCUACAACUUUCCACUCAGUGGCCCAGAUCCUGCCGACUACGCCAAAUGUCACAAGGUACAAAGUGACAAGUUCUAGGUCUGGGUUGAGCAGGCAGAGUGAAGCAGAGGCAGACAAUGAAGGGAUAGUUUUUAACAUUUACUAAGGCAUGUUUUUCAAUAUUUCCAUUUCAAACACAUUCCAGUUUCUCAUUUCCUUUCGAUUGUUUUGUUUGCUAAAACCAUAGUUAAAAUAAUUAUACAAACCAAAACAAAGAAAACAAAGGGGCACAGGAAGUGGUGCAGUGUGGCAGGCGUCCAUCUUUUCAAGACUUCCAUUUAAUCUUAAACAACCUCCAUUAGCCAUGCACUCACCAAAUAACGCCCUACAUGCACUAGCAAAACAUAGGCUCCACCAUGCCUCUGGACUGCAUUAGCCUCCUGUGAGCAGCUGCCUAGAACACAAAAACAGGGGGGUUUAAAUACACAGAAUCCAAAUCACAUGACUCAUCAAUUAUCCAAUAGAAAUUCUUCAUCUAGAUUGCAUGCAAAUGGGUCACACGUGACAUUUUCAGUAUCUUAAAUAGCCUACCUUGAAGAAAGAAUUGUCAAUACAAAGCAUAGUUGGCCAAUCAAUUCCUGCAAAUUAACUGGCUUUAGUGAUUUAUGCAAAAUAUUUUUGUUUUCUCAGAAAAUGUUUGUUUUGUGAUCCCCAAAAAAUCUACUUUGGUCUCAGAAUUAUGGGCAUUUAUUCUAACAAAUUCUCAAAUCCUGUAAUGUCUAUUGCAACCUUCUAACACAGACGCACAGUGGCGAUUUAGAAACAAUUAUGCUACUAUCAUCACUGUAAUUAUGGAAACAAAUGACCAGCCCCAAACAAACAGCUUAAUACAGAGCCACACAGUACACACAGCCAACACUGCUGGAAGAAAAGCCAAUUUAGAAAAACCCCAAAAGAGGAGUCAUUUUAUGACAAACUGAGAGAGAAAAGAACACACAAAAUACACACUUUGUUUUACCCCUUUUUCUCCCCAAUUUGUAGUUACAGUCUUGUCCCAUCGCUGCAACUCCCGUACGGACUCGGGAGAGGCGAAGGUCGAGAGCCAUGCGUCCUCCGAAACACGACCAUGCCAAGCCGCACUGCUUCUUGACACACUGCUCGUCUAACCCGGAAGCUAGCCGCACCAAUGUGUCGGAGGAAACCCCGUACAACUGACGACUGAAGUCACCCGGCCCGCCACAAGGAGUCGCUAGAGCGACAAGGACAUCCCGGCCGGCCAAACCUGGACGACGGUGGGCCAACUGUGAGCCGCCUCAUGGGUCUCCCGGUCGCGGCCGGCUGCGACACAUCCCGGGAUUGAAUUCGGGUCUGUAGUGACGCCUCAAGCACUGCGAUGCAGUGCCUUAGACCGCUGCGCCACUCGGGAGGCCCCUUUACUGACAUUUUUACCCAGAAUUCAGAAGGAAAAUCAGAAAUAUUUGCAUUCACUUCCUUAUCUGGGUUUUCACAUUUGUCUGUUAUCAGUCCUCCAGCUAGGCAUGACUUGAUAGGGAGAGGAGCAGAGACAGCAGCAGCACGUCAUAUGCAUACUGCUAAUGAAUGUCUUCUUCUGAGGCUGACGUCAUGCCUUGGCUAGAACUUUAUCAACGUCUAGGAAUUUGUCUCAUCUCAGAAAUCUCUUUGAAUUUAAUGCAACUCAACUGUGAUACAGUAUUAUGAAAAAUGCCUGAUAUUUUCCUGUUUCUCUUUAUCAUAGGCACUCUGAUUACUAAUUAGCCUGUCUAUGAAUAUUUAAUCUGCAUAUUUAUUCAAAUCCAUUGUUUGUGGAGGAAUCAUGUUGUCUGAAACAAUAGCUAGUCAAUAGCGAAAAGUGUUUUAUAUACUUUACUCAACACACACCAAUUCUGGAAAUUAGACUACUUGGGAGAGUUGCUGUGAGAUUUGAGUCCCCUGUCACCCUCCUCGCACACACACACACACACACACACACACACACACACACACACACACACACACACACACACACACACACAAAGAGGCAGCCCCCCACCACACACACACACUCCCAUCAAAAAUAUGUGAGGUAGCAAUUCCCAGAGGACCUACCCCUUCCGUUUCCACCCAGCCAGGCAGUAAUUUCAUGGCUCGUUGCAAGUGCUAAAAGCCUUUGGGCGCUACUAACAUUAACUUUUAUUUGGCCCCCAGUCUUUCAAUGGAGUCAUUAAACCAGCCACCUGAGGUGAAUAAGUCUCCGUCCUGGUAGCAUUCGCCAGAUCUUGAUUACACACUAUGUCAGGGAAUAAACUUUGUUAUGACAAAUUUCCUUUUCUUUCCAGUUUCUCUUCUGUACUGUAGAAAACUUCCAAAUGGUGUUCAAAUCAGUGUAACUAGAUCUCUCUCUCUCUGCCUCUCUAUAUGCUGUUCUUUCCCUCUCUCUCAAGGAAUUGGUAACCUGUGUAACUAGAUUCAGAGUUCAUUCACACUUUGACAUCCUUGUUUGGUACAAAGUGUCGGCUGUGGCUUCUUCCUAACCUUGAUGUUUCCAAACACAUCUGUUUCCUGUUUAAUUGUGUUGACCCCUCAGUGUUUCACAGCACCCACUACUCUACUUAAUGCAGUAAAAAACACAUAGAAGUGAACAUCAGAGCAGCUGGGAAGGCAAGCGGCAUUCACCAUAUUCUCUUCUUAUCUCAAAAGUCCCAUAUGUUUCAGUCGUAUGCCUUGAAUUUAAAGGAAGGGUAUAACAGUGUUUUAUUGCCACAUAAACAAUGUUUGCGCACUGUAUACAACAUCCAUACACAUCAAUCAGAAUUUUUGUCUGCCAUAGUGAAAUUCAAAUUCUAUAGGUAUGCAUUAUCUGCUGUUUUCAGUGCAUGCAUGUUGGGGGAUUUGAGUAUUAGAGCAGUUAUAAGCAGGUCCCUGAGUGUUAAACCUUUCCGUAUACAACUGUGUAAUUUACCAUCUUCUCGAACCAAAACAAGACACCUGAAAUAUGAAGGAAAGCAAAUGUUUUCAAGCAGCGCAGUUUUCAACAGUUCUACCCUCGUUUGAUGCAAAUAGUAUUCGUAGAAUUAUACUGAACAAAAAUAUAAGAUCCCAGAAAUGUUCCAUACACACAAAAAGCUUAUUUCUCAAAGAAUGUGGGCACAAAUUUGUUUACAUCCCUUUUAGUGAGCAUUUCUCCUUUGCCAAGAUUAUCCAUCCACCUGACAGGUGUGGCAAAUCAAGAAGCUGAUUAAACAGCAUGAUCAUUACACAGGUGCAUCUUGUGCUGGGGACAAUAAAAGGCCACUCUAAAAUGUGCAGGUUUGUCACACAACACAAUGCCAGAGAUGUCUCAAGCUUUGAGGGAGCGUGCAAUUGGCUUGCUGACUGCAGGAAUGACCACCAGAGCUGUUCCCAGAGAAUUUAAUGUUCAUUUCUCUACCUUAAGCCACCUUCAACACCGUUUUAGAAAAUUUGGAAGUACGUCCAACCGGCCUCACAAUUGCAGACCACGUGUAACCAUGUGUCACGAUCGUCAUACACAGAGGACCAAGGCGCAGCGUGGAAUGCGAACAUACUUUUAAUUUGAAUGAUCACACGAACAAAACAACAAAACGAUAACGUGACGUCCUUGGUUACAAACACUAACCAUACACGGAACAAGAUCCCACAAUACACUACUGCCAAACGGCUGCCUAAGUAUGGUUCCCAAUCAGAGACAACAAGCAACAGCUGAUUCACGUUGCCUCUGAUUGAGAACCACCCCGACCAACAUAGCUACACAUGAACUAGAACUUAAACACAGAACACAAACACACAGAAACUACACACCCUGGCUCAACAUAACAGAGUCCCAGAGCCAGGGCGUGACAGUACCCCCCCCCAAAGACGCGGACUGCGACAAACAUAAACCGAACAGGGGAGGGCCGGGUGGGCAUUCCUCCUCGGAGGCGGAUCCGGCUCCGGGCGUGACCACCACCCUCUAAUAACCCCCCCGUAGUGCCCCUGGUCUGGUCCCGCUGGCUAGAGCUGGACUGGACAUCGGUGGAGCGGAUUGCUUAGGCUCCGGUGUGGAGCAGCUGACCGGUACCUGACCAGGCACCGGUGAAACGGGCACGGGCUGUGCCGGACUGACGACGCGCACCACAGGCUUGGUGCGGGGAGCAGGAAUGGGCCGGACCGGGCUGACGACGCGCACCCCUGGCUUGGUGCGGGGAGCAGGAACGGGCCGGACCGGGCUGACGAUGCGCACCACAGGCUUGGUGCGGGGAGCAGGAACGGGCCGGACCGGGCUGACGAUGCGCACCACAGGCUUGGUGCGGGGAGCAGGAACGGGCCAGACCGGGCUGACGACGCGCACCAUAGGCUUGGUGCGGGGAGCAGGAAUAGGCCGGGCCGGGCUGGCGACGCGCACCAUAGGCUUGGUGCGGGGAGCAGGAACAGGCCGGGCCGGGCUGGUGACGCGCACCAUUGGCUUGGUGCGGGGAGCAGGAAUAGGCCGGGCCGGGCUGGCGACGCGCACCAUUGGCUUGGUGCGGGGAGCAGGAACAGGCCGGGCCGGGCUGGCGACGCGCACCGUAGGCUUGGUGCGAGGGGCAGGAACAGGCCGGGCCGGGCUGGCGACACGCACCAUAGGCUUGGUGCGGGGAGCAGGAACAGGCCGGGCCGGGCUGGCGACACGCACCAUUGGCUUGGUGCGGGGAGCAUGAACAGGCCGGGCCGGGCUGGCGACGCGCACCAUUGGCUUGGUGCGGGGAGCAGGAACAGGCCGGGCCGGGCUGGCGACGCGCACCGUAGGCUUGGUGCGAGGGGCAGGAACAGGCCGGGCCAGGCUGGCGACGUGCACCGUAGGCUUGGUGCGAGGGACAGGAACAGGCCGGACCGUACUGGGAACACACACCACUGGCCUUACACGGGGAUCAGGAACGGGCCGGACCGGACUGGCAACACACCUCAGUACCUCUCGCCGUGCCUCUACAUCUUCCUUCCCUCUUCUCACCAAUGGCUCCCGUAACCCGGUGGCCUUCUCUCCUCGUCCACGAACUCGCCCCUUAUCUGCCUCCAGCAGCCCCGUCGUCCAUGCCAUGUGCCCCCCCCUAAAAAUUUAUUGGGGGUGCCUCUCGCCGAUCCGACGACGGCCCGGUUGGCGCCGCUGCUCCUCUCUCCGGCGCGCCUCCACCGUCUCCUCCCACGGACGGCGAUCCAUCCCGGCCUGGAUUUCUUCCCAAGUCCAGGACCCCUGCCCGUCCAAUAUCUGCUCCCACGUCCAGGCUGUCUGCUCCUGGGCACGCUGCUUGGUCCUGUAUUGGUGGGAUCUUCUGUCACGAUCGUCAUACACAGAGGACCAAGACGCAGCGUGGAAUGCGAACAUACUUUUAAUUUGAAUGAUCACACGAACAAAACAACAAAACGAUAACGUGAUGUCCUUGGUUACAAACACUAACCAUACACGGAACAAGAUCCCACAAUACACUACUGCCAAACGGCUGCCUAAGUAUGGUCCCCAAUCAGAGACAACAAGCAACAGCUGAUUCACGUUGCCUCUGAUUGAGAACCACCCCGACCAACAUAGCUACACAUGAACUAGAACUUAAACACAGAACACAAACACACAGAAACUACACACCCUGGCUCAACAUAACAGAGCCCCAGAGCCAGGGCGUGACACCAUGCCAGCCCAGGACCUCCACAUCUGGCUUCUUCACCUGCGGGAUCAUUUGAGACCAGCCACCCAGACAGCUGAUGAAACUGUGGAUUUGCACAACCGAAGAAUUUCUGCACAAACUGUCAGAAACCCUCUCAGGGAAGCUCAUCUGCGUGCUCGUCGUCCUCACCAGGGUCUUGACCUGACUGCAGUUCGGCAUCGUUACUGACUUCAGUGGGCAAAUGCUCACCUUCGAUGGCCACUGGCACGCAGGAGGAGAAUUGUGCUCUUCACGGAUGAAUCCUGGUUUCAACUGUACUGGGCAGAUUGCAGAGCGUCGUGUGGGCGAGCAGUUUUCUGAUGGCAAUGUUGUGAACAGAGUGCCCCAAGAUGGUCAUACUAUGGAUAAUUUAGAUAUUUGAUUUUGAAUUUUAGGACCCCUUUAGGUAUAAAAAAUAUAUAUAAAACAUUAUUUGAUAAAGUAUUGAAUUUGGCCUUUACUACUAUAGCCCAGAGAAACGCAUUGAAUAACACAAUCAUAAAUGGCAAAAAAAAAGAAAGGAAAUAUAAUAAGAAGGUUUUGAAGUGUUUGUUCUUUAUCUAGGAGAUAUUUGCCGGGGUAGUAGCGGUAGCAGCACGCCCAGCAUCAUUGUCGGGGACGGGGACACGGAAGAGGGCAAGGAUGUCACCUCCUCCUCCCACUGCACAGAGCUGUCUCGGCGGCAGAACGAACAGAAGAAGCAUGGAUUGUUCUGUGACGUGACGCUGGCCUUCAGCAGUGGGGUGGCAACCGGGAAUGUUCAGAGCUGUGAGUUUUCUGCUCACCGUUCUGUACUGGCCGCGGCUACGGACUAUUUCACUGCGCUGUCGGGUCGGGUUGAGAUGAAGGAAUGGAGCACUGAAUUGGGACCAGACCCGGAGACGGUGGAGAGCGUCAUUCAAUACAUGUACACGGGAGAAAUACGUGUGAGCACCUGCAAUGUGCAUGAAGUAUUGGAGCUUACUGACAGGUUCCUGCUGCUGCAUCUGAAGGACUUCUAUGGGGAGUUCUUGAAGAAGAAGCUGAGCCUGGCCAACUGUGUGGCCGUGCACAGCCAGGCCCACAUGUACACCCUGGACCAGCUGGCUCUGCGGGCCGCAGACAUGAUCCGACGCAAUUUCCACAAGGUCAUCCAGGAUAAGGAGUUCCCUUCCACCUGGUGAGGGACUGGCUGUCUGACGCAGAGAUCACCGUGGACGCGGAAGAGGUGUUGUUUGAGGCUGUGGUGAAGUGGGUCCAGAGGAACACAGAACAGCGGUGGAGGUACUUUGAGGAGUUGUUCCGUAUCCUCCGGCUACCCCAGAUUAAGGCCACCUAUCUGACACACGUGGUGAAGAAUGAGGCGCUGAUGGUGGCCAACGAGGCCUGUCUCCAUCUGGUGUCUGAUGCCGUGGAGGGCCACGCCAUUCCGCUGUGA